CUGUCCAGAGCGGUGAUGGCGUGAGUAGGAAUGGGGGGGUGAUGAGUUCUUAUGUGUUGAGUCGAGUGAACUCUUGUGGUAUCCUGCAAAAUAUCGAGUCAUAUAAAAGAUGACACUUUGCCGACAUAGAUAAGAAAAAUAUACUUUGCAACAACCACACUCGGCACUGUUGCCUUGAGCCAACGCCACACAGCGGGUCGCAUCGCCGGAAGUUUUGUUUUUCUUCACGCAUGCGCGCAUCCAGCGCAGCUUGUCGGGAAAGGUAGUGACUCUGGAUGCUAUCUGCUGGAUGCUAGCUACAGUUUGUUUUGAAAUAUUGCACAAUUGUCCAUAAAGACAUGUCCAAAAGACAUCGUCUAGAUCUGGGCGAUGACCACUCCACCAGUAAGAAGCGAUCUGAUGGGCGAGACAGGGAUAGAGAUCGGGAGGAUCGCUCUAGGGACCGAGACCGGGACCGGGAUAGAGACCGGGAGAAGGACGUCAAGCCCCCAGGUGUCUCCUACAACUGUGUCCCUCUCGGAGCAGCUAUAGCACCCAUCAAACCCAGCCUAGCCAUGCACCAGCAAAUAAAUCCUUUCACCAACCUGCCACACACACCGCGCUACUAUGAGAUCCUUAAAAAAAGGUUACAACUGCCGGUGUGGGAUUAUAAGGAAAGCUUCAACGACAUCAUCACUCGUCAUCAAAGUUUUGUGCUUGUUGGCGAGACGGGGUCCGGCAAGACAACCCAGAUCCCCCAGUGGUGCGUGGACCUGGUGAAAGGUAUACCGGGGCCCAAGCGUGCGGUGGCCUGUACACAGCCCAGGAGGGUGGCUGCUAUGAGCGUGGCCCAGAGAGUGGCUGACGAGAUGGACAUCAUGCUGGGACAGGAGGUCGGCUACUCGAUCAGAUUUGAGGACUGCAGUUCGGCCAAAACAAUAUUGAAGUACAUGACAGACGGUAUGCUGCUCAGGGAGGCCAUGAACGACCCGCUGCUGGAGCGCUACGGCGUGAUCAUUCUGGACGAGGCCCACGAGCGGACCCUGGCCACGGACAUCCUGAUGGGGGUGCUGAAGGAGGUGGUGCGGCAGCGCUCGGACCUCAAGGUCAUCGUGAUGAGCGCCACGCUGGACGCCGGGAAGUUCCAGGUGUACUUCGACAGCUGCCCCCUGCUGACCAUCCCCGGGCGCACCCACCCCGUGGAGAUCUUCUACACCCCCGAGCCCGAGCGAGACUACCUGGAGGCGGCCAUCCGCACCGUCAUCCAGAUCCACAUGUGCGAGGAGGAGGAGGGUGACUGCCUCCUCUUCCUCACGGGGCAAGAGGAGAUCGACGAGGCGUGCAAGCGGAUCAAGCGCGAGGUGGACGACCUUGGGCCAGAGGUGGGGGACAUCAAGAUCAUCCCCCUGUACUCCACCCUGCCCCCGCAGCAGCAACAGAGGAUCUUUGAGCCGCCGCCGCCCAGGAAGCCCGGCGGUGGAAUAGGGAGAAAGGUUGUGGUGUCGACCAACAUCGCAGAAACCUCCCUGACCAUCGACGGUGUCGUGUUUGUUAUCGACCCCGGCUUCGCCAAACAGAAGGUGUACAACCCUCGUAUCCGGGUGGAGUCGCUGCUCGUCACGGCCAUCAGCAAGGCCUCGGCCCAGCAGCGGGCGGGGCGCGCCGGCCGCACGCGGCCAGGGAAGUGCUUCCGCCUCUACACGGAGAAGGCCUACAAAACAGAGAUGCAGGACAACACGUACCCUGAGAUCCUGAGGUCCAACCUGGGCUCUGUGGUUCUGCAGCUCAAGAAGCUGGGCAUCGAUGACCUCGUGCACUUUGACUUCAUGGACCCGCCAGCCCCCGAGACGCUGAUGCGGGCCCUGGAGCUUCUCAACUACCUGGCGGCGCUCAACGAUGACGGAGACCUGACCGAGCUGGGCUCCAUGAUGGCGGAGUUCCCCCUGGACCCCCAGCUGGCCAAGCUGGUCAUCGCCAGCUGCGAGUUCAACUGCUCCAACGAGAUCCUGUCCAUCACCGCCAUGCUGUCAGUCCCGCAGUGCUUCGUGCGACCCACCGAGGCCAAGAAGGCGGCCGACGAGUCCAAGAUGCGCUUCGCCCACAUCGACGGAGACCACCUGACCUUCCUCAACGUCUACCACGCCUUCAAGCAGAACCAUGAGUCCAACCAGUGGUGCUACGACAACUUUGUCAACUACCGCUCGCUGGUGUCUGCGGACAACGUGCGGCAGCAGCUGUCGCGCAUCAUGGACCGCUUCAGCCUCCCGCGGCGCAGCACCGAGUUCACCAGCCGGGACUACUACAUCAACAUCCGCCGCUCUCUCUGCACCGGCUUCUUCAUGCAGGUGGCCCAUCUAGAGCGCACGGGUCAUUACCUUACCGUGAAGGACAACCAGGUGGUGCAGCUGCACCCCUCCACCGUCCUGGACCACAAGCCCGAGUGGGUGCUCUACAACGAGUUCGUCCUCACAACCAAGAAUUACAUCCGCACGUGUACAGACAUCAAACCAGAAUGGUUGGUGAAGAUUGCACCUCAAUACUAUGAAAUGGGUAACUUCCCCCAAUGUGAAGCCAAGAGACAGCUGGAGCGAAUCGUUGCCAAACUAGAGACCAAGGAGUACACUCAGUACUGAACACCAGGCAACACGUCCCAGUUUUAGACCCUCCCCGUCUGUAUCAUGUAUCUUAAUCAUUUGAGUUGAUUCUGUUGUUUCAUUUUUACUACGGUUCAAGUGUCGGAUUAAAUUUCCAACCCGGCGGAAAGAUUUUCAAAAGGAAUAUCAUGAACUCGUCACUUUGUUGUUCACUUUCCUGAAGGAAAUUGCAUAAAAUCUAAAGGCUGUAUAUUCGCCUUGUUUCUUUAAUAAAGGAGCUUUGACCUAC